GAGAGACAGCUGAGCCAACAACUUCCAUACUCCCAUUUGUUGCUCUCCUUAAACGAUUCCGCGAAUUCGGUUAUUGAUUCCCCUUCUCUCUCUAGUGGUUAUUAUAUAAUUAUUCAACGGUUGCCUCCGCUGGUGACAUUUUGAGCUGGAGCGGCAGCUUGUGGAAAUGGUGGUGGCACACUUGUGUAUUUGUGUGUGUAUGUGGUGAGCGCGUGUGUGUCAGUGUGUGUGUGUGUGUGUGUGUAUAUGAUUUCAUGUCCUUUCGCGAUUCAGCUGCGAACACAGAGCACAGUUGUCGGUGUGGACUCGGCCCAUACAGUCAUUGGUCUCCGAAGAGGAUCACAGUGAAAAACUUGAGCUCUAGGAAGGAUAAAGACGCCGGAGGCGCGAGCUGAUCUUCAAGGUGUUGUUCGGCAAGAGAAAGAGCUCGAGAAUGUCCUUGUAUGAUUGGAGCCAAGUCUUUCCCGGUGUUUGGAGCACGGAAUUACCCCCGUGUUAAACUUGUUGCUGGUUCGUUUCAACCACUUUUCCAAGGGGAUAAUAUUCUGCAUACUUCUGUGUGCAGAGAGGAUUGUUUUAUAUUAGAAAGAGAACGGAAAUCUUUAUUUUUCAAACCAGUCGCUUUUACGCAGAGAUGUCCUCUCGCCGCGCUGUGGUUCUGUGAUCGCCCACCGGAGCGUCGAGAGCUCUUCACCGGGACCGGGUCUCACACAGUGGGUCACCAUGGCAGCGGGAGUGGCGGCGUGGUUACCAUUCGCCCGGGCGGCUGCAAUAGGAUGGAUGCCGGUAGCCAGUGCGCCCAUGCCGACGCCUCCACCUGACAACCGGCGAAAACAGGACGGGCUCAUCUUGCUCAAUGUCAGCGGUCAGAAGUUCCAGACGUGGCGGAAUACAUUGGAGCGGUACCCGGACACUUUACUGGGCAGCACGGAGCGGGAAUUCUUCUUCCACGAGGAGACAAACGAAUACUUUUUCGACCGUGACCCGGAUAUUUUCAGACACAUUCUGAACUUCUAUCGUACCGGGAAGCUGCACUACCCGCGCCAGGAGUGCAUCUCGGCCUACGAUGAGGAGCUGGCCUUCUUUGGGAUCAUACCGGAGAUCAUAGGGGACUGUUGCUAUGAAGAGUACAAGGACCGGCGGCGGGAGAACCAGGAGAGAAUCCAGGAUGACGAGGACAGCGAGAACCAGAACGAUAUGGUCCCGCCGGAUAUGACAUUCCGAGAAACCAUGUGGCGGGCCUUCGAGAACCCCCACACGAGCACCAUGGCCCUGGUGUUUUAUUAUGUCACCGGCUUCUUCAUUGCUGUUUCCGUGAUGGCCAACGUGGUGGAGACUGUCCCGUGCGGGACUUUGCCAAAUCGGGUCAAACAGGUCUCGUGCGGGGAGCGGUACGCCUUGGCAUUUUUCUGUCUGGAUACGGCCUGCGUCAUGAUCUUCACCGUGGAGUACCUGCUGCGUCUAAUGGCGGCGCCCAGCCGCUGGAACUUCAUCAAAAGCGUGAUGAGUGUCAUCGAUGUGGUGGCCAUUAUGCCCUAUUACAUCGGCCUGGUCAUGACGGACAACGAGGACGUCAGCGGGGCCUUCGUCACCCUGAGGGUCUUCCGGGUUUUCAGGAUUUUCAAAUUCUCCCGCCACUCUGCGGGGCUGCGCAUCCUGGGCUACACGCUGAAGAGCUGCGCCUCGGAGCUGGGCUUCCUGCUCUUCUCCCUCACCAUGGCCAUCAUCAUCUUCGCCACUGUCAUGUUCUAUGCCGAGAAGGGCUCCUCAGCCAGCAAGUUCACCAGCAUCCCGGCCGCCUUCUGGUACACCAUCGUCACGAUGACAACUCUGGGAUAUGGAGACAUGGUUCCUAAGACCAUUGUAGGGAAGAUCGUUGGAUCUGUCUGUUCCCUGAGUGGUGUGUUGGUCAUCGCCCUGCCCGUGCCCGUCAUCGUGUCCAACUUCAGCCGCAUUUACCACCAGAGCCAGCGGGCAGACAAGAGACGCGCCCAAAAGGCAUCAAAGGCAGCAGGCCAGGCGCUGGUGUGCAAGGCCAAUCCCAUGUUCGAUACGCACCACAAUCACCUAUUGCACUGCCUGGAGAAGACCACGAAUCAUGAGUUUGUGGAUGAGCAAACGUUUGAGACCAGCCUACUGGAGGUUUCCAUGGUGAAGCAUCCGCCUCACUCCCCCUCCCUCUCCUCUGGCUCCUCCUCCCAAGGCCUGUCGUGCUGCUCGCGACGCAACAAGAGGAAGAGCUUCAACGUGCCCAACUCCAACAUGACUGGAGGGCAUAGGAACAGCAUCCAGGAGCUUAGCACCAUCCACAUCAGAGAGAGACCCAUCACUAACAGCCGCUCCAGUCUGAACGCUAAGUUUGAGGAGACGGUGCCUCUGAACUGCAAGCAGCCCUACAUCACGGCGGCCGUCAUCACACUGCCCACACCGCCCGUCACCACGCCCGAGGACGACGGCUCCGCCUCCUCCCCCGACUACUCACAAGCCAACAUCGUCAGAGUGUCCGCCCUCUAG